AUGACUUCUGAACAGGGAGAAAAAAAAGCAGAAAUCGACCAUGUCGAAGACAGCGAAGCCAACUUCAACAAUUCUGGAAUAGCAAAUGCGUUCAGAGAGGAAGGUAUCGCAGAGCUUCAAUUGGAAGAUGUUCUUCCAAAGCUUGAGAAACCUUGGUACAAAUACUCUUAUUUGCUGAAGCUGAACUUUUUGUUGGUAUUUUCAAUGAUGAGUUCCACAAACACAGGUUUUGAUGGCUCUAUGUUGAAUGGUCUUCAAUCUAUACCUAGCUGGUCACCUUAUUUUGGUGGUCUUUCUGGAUGGAGACUUGGAAUAAUUUCCUGUGCGGGUGGUUUUGGAGGUAUCGUGGGAUCCCUCGUAGGCAACUAUCUGGCAGAUAAAAUUGGAAGGCGUUAUCCUACAGUGAUUGGAUGUAUUUUUGUUAUUAUAGGUGUUAUUGUGCAAGCCUCGGCCCAAAACUAUGCUGCUUUCUUCAUUGGAAGAUUCAUCAUGGGAUUUGGCAUGGUUCUUUGCAACGUUGUCGGUCCUCUUGCAAUUUCAGAGCUUGCGUAUCCAACUCACCGGCCUAUAUUGACGUCCUGUUUCAAUAUCCUGUUUUAUGCUGGGUCAACUCUGGCAUCCUUGGCAACCUUGGGGUGCUACCACAUUCCAGGUUUGUCAAACUGGAGCUGGAGAGGUCCUUCACUUUUGCAAUGUUUCUUCCCCAUCCUGCAAUUGAUGAUGUUCUGGUGGGUUCCUGAAUCCCCAAGAUUCCUUAUCAGCAAAGGAAGAUUUGAAGAAGCAAGAGAUGUUCUGGGUGAGUUCCACGCUGGUGGGGAUCGCAAUGCUCGACUAGUUGAGUUCGAGAUGGCCCAAAUCACAAUUGCUUUGGACAACGAAAGAGCACUGCAGAGUGUUUCUUUUAAAGAGUUCUUUGCAACCCGUCAAAACUUGCACAGAUUGUUUGUUAUUUCGUUCCUCGCCUGUAUGCAACAGCUUUCAGGAAACGCUCUAGUUUCUUACUACCUGGUGCUAGUCUUGGAAUCCAUUGGUAUCACUUCGGCUAAUCAGCAACUGACUAUCAACGUCGGUCUCAACGUUUAUAACUUGGGUGUUGCUAUUCUUAUUCUGUUUUUGAUCGAGAGGUUCAGAAGAAGACAGAUGUUUAUGGCCUGUACCAUUGGAAUGCUGUUGACAUAUGUCAUCUGGACGGUUUUGUCUGCGAUCAAUCAGAAGCGUAACUUCGAAGAUAAAAGUCUUGGGAAAGGUGUACUUGCUAUGAUUUUCCUCUAUUUUUUUGCCUACGAUCUCGGUCUAUUGGGAUUGCCAUAUCUCUAUUACACCGAGGUACUCCCAUACUUUUUGCGUUCAAAGGGCAUGUUCAUCGUUCAGUGUUGGCAACAACUUAUUGGUGUCUUCAACGGAUUGGUCAACUCAAUUGCCAUGGAUGCUAUUGAGUGGAAGUACUAUAUUGUCUACUGCUGUAUUAUUGGUGUUGAGGUAUUUGUUGUGUACCUGUUCUUUCCUGAAACUAAGGGAUACACGUUGGAGACUGCCGCAGAAGCUUUUGGUGAUACUGUUGUUACUGAGAAAGACCAUCCAAAGGCUGUUAGAGCAUCUGAUGAUGCGGAUGAUGCCUCUGAGGUUUCAGCAUAG